AUGCUCAUUGCAGCUGCUAAAGAAACUAGUAUCACUAAUAUUUCAGAUAUUAACGAUACUCUCUCCCCUUGAGCCUACAUUGAACAACGAGAUCUAUCAAUUCAAUCUCUGAAACUUGAAUUUGUCAUGACGAGUCUAUCACAUUUAAUGAACGCUAUAAAUAUGCUAUAUGUUUUGUGAUUAGCAAUACUAACUAGCUUAAAAUUAUCCAUAUUCCAAAAUUUUAUUGCUUUAUCUUUCCCACAAGUCUCAAAAAUUUCAUCAUUAUGAGAAAUGGCUACUGAAGAAAUCCCAUUUUUAUGUCCUUCAAAUUGUCCAUUCUUAGCCCAGCUAUAAUGCUUUGGCAUUAUUUUGUAAGCGCCUCAACGCUUCGGGAUAUUUCCCACAUAUGGAAUCCAAAUACCACAUGUGGAGUUUUCACACUUGAGUGGCUCCACAUGUGGGAAAUAUCCCGACGUGUUGAGGUGCUCACACAAUAAUGCCAAAGCAUUAUAUCAAAGUCCCACACUUUUAUUUUGCAAUCACUACUUCCUGAAAUCACUAAAUUCUUAUUUAGGUGAAAACAAACUGAGUUUACAGCCUUAUCAUGAUAA